UGAUCUACGUCAUGACAACGUCACAUUACGUAACCCGGAAGUGGACCCCUCAGUUGUAUUUACAUUUCAAACUAUUAUUAGUGGCGUUGACGAGGCUCGCAUGUUCCCUCACCGCGUGCCGCCGAGGGGCCCCUCAGGCUUCCAUCCUGGACCGUGUCGACAACAACCCUCUCCCAUGGAACCCCGCCAUUACCAGCAUAGUCAGCAACGUUAUGAUGUUCCUGCAUAUGAAAUCCUGCCUACUAACGAACGUACCCAGAGCCCAUUGCCCCAUCUUCCACCAGUUCACAUGAAUGAUUACCGCAAGAGGAAAAAUGAUGACGACAGGUCCUCUGGUUUAAAACGCUUCCGUGCUGAUGACUCAUCCUACUCAUCCAUGCGAUACCCUCCCAAUCAGCACCCUCUUCCCUUGUAUAGUCCUGACCGAGCUUUAGCAGGUUCCUCAAGGUCGCCCGACGCUGUUUUUGAUCACCCCCAACCCGACCCUCGCUGUCGUGUACCUGUCAUCUCAGAUAGUUCUGUAGACCUGUGGGUCUAUGCUGAAAACGACAAGGUGAGCCUUCAGAUAAUGGAGCUGUUCGAGGCGUGCCAGCAGCAGCCCUCUGAUUUGCAAAGUAAGGAGCUGUGCCGUAGUUUGCUGCAAAAAGAUAUCCAGCGUGUCUUAAAAGGAGGAAAUUUGUACAUGACGGGCUCCAGCAUGAGUGGAUUAGCCAGCCGGAGCAGUGACGCUGACUUGUGUUUCGUCUUCCAUAAAAUUACAAAUCCCAUCACUGUACUCUCUUCCAUCAGAAAGAUGAUGAAGUCAUUGAAGUAUAUACAACAAACUCUACUGAUCCGAGCCAAAGUACCGAUCCUGCGGUUCCGAGAGAAAGGCAGCAGUGUGCUGUUCGAUCUAAACGUCAACAACACGGUGGGAAUCCGGAACACUUUCCUCCUGAGGAGUUAUGCUUACGCUGACCCCAGGGUUCGACCCCUCGUCCUUGUUAUCAAGAAGUGGGCCCGGCAUCAUCACAUCAACGAUGCCAGUCAAGGAACUUUGAGCAGCUACACACUGGUGCUGAUGGUGCUGCACUAUCUUCAGACACUCAGAAUACCGGUCCUUCCUUCACUACAGAAGGAGUACCCAGAGUGUUUUGAUCCCUCAUUGGAGAUUGACAUGGUCCCCGAGGGAGCCCAAAACGUCCCCCCCUACAAUACCCAAAACGACUCGUCUCUAGCAACGCUUCUGCUGGGUUUUUUCAGAUAUUACAGCGCACAAUUCAGUUGGAAAAAAAAGGUGAUCUCUGUUUGUGAUGCCACAGCGGUUCAAAAGAAGAACGGUGGCAAGUGGAAAAACGCAUUCAUAAGUGUGGAAGAGCCGUUUGAGAAAAACAACACUGCCAGGGCAGUGCGUGAACAGGCCAAGUUUGAUGCCAUAACAUCUACGUUUGUUGAGUCAUUCCAGCUGCUACGGAGUGGAGAGGACCUCAACUGCAUUCUUCCCGUGAACGAGAUCAUUGCUAAAGAAUCAUCUCGGAAAUGAGUUUAUUUAUACCUCUGCACACUUUUUUUGUAUACCAACCAAGUUUACAAUGUAUCCCUCUUUCUCAUAAUGUACAUGUCAGGAGGAUUUGAGAGCGGUGUACAUUGUAAAUUUUAUGUGCCAUAUUGACCAAGUUAUAAGACCACCCUGAAUAUUAUACACCUGUUUUCAAGACUUUGUGUGUGUAAAAUUUGUUUUUGUUUUUUCAAUAUCCCAAAUAACCACUGUUGGAUUGCAAUAAAAUUUCAGAAAAUCGUU